AUCAUUAAAAGUUUUUGAUGAUUUCUCGGCCAAAUCAAAAUAAUCAUUUCCACGAUGGCGUUCAACGUGACUGUGAAAGUGCACCCCGUUGUUUUGUUUCAAAUUGUCGACUCGUACGAGAGGCGAAAUGCAGAUUCCUUCAGAGUAAUCGGAACCUUGCUUGGAACGGUGGAAAAGGGCGUCGUGGAGGUGUCCAACUGCUUCUGCGUGCCACACAGGGAAUAUGACACCGAGGUGGAGGCCGAGUUGGUGUAUGCGGCCGAGCUGAGGGAUCUAAACGCCAGGGUUAACACCCAGGAGACGGUGGUGGGCUGGUGGGCAACUGGAAACGAGGUCACCAGGCACUCUUCGCUUAUCCACGAUUACUACACCAUUGAGUGUCCGAACGCCAUCCACCUCACCCUGGACACCACCCUGCAGGGCGCCUCCAUGGGCAUCAAGGCCUACAUCAGGGUGCCUAUCGGAGUGCCAGGAGGCAACAAUGGGAGCAUGUUCACCUCUGUGCCUGUCCAGAUCACCUGCUACGAACCAGAGCGAGUCGGAUUGCAACUGUGCUCAAAGACGAUUGGAAUAAAAAAGGCUGUAGAGCCGAUGCACGAAUUGGCGCAGGUGUCCGAGGCAACAGGAAACGUGUUGUCUAUGCUGGACACGGUGCUCAGCUACGUCAACGAGAUCUUGUCUGGACGAGGAAUCUCGCCGCAAGACAAUGCUGUUGGCAGGGCCCUGCUGGACAUGGUCAGCUCCGUGCCCAAGAUGACCCCUGAUGAGUUUGAGAACAUGCUUAACUCGAAUAUCAAGGACCUCUUGAUGGUGAUCUGCCUAUCGCAGCUCACAAAGACCCAGAUCCAGCUGAAUGAGAAACUCACUCUGCUCACCACCCUCUAAGUAUGAUUAUUUUUUGUGAAAAUAUUGGAAAUAAACUAGAGAACAACUUUAACAAAUCAA